AAAAUCUUAAAAUUGUCAAGAGUAACUGGUGGAUUUUCAAUUCCAAUCUGGCGACAAAUUUUUAUAGCUUCACUUAUCAUUUGGCGGAUAUUUUAGGCCAUCCUAGCGGAUUUAUAAAUUUUGAGUUGGCAACACUGCUCGCUGCCAUCACCCACGGCACCCAGUAAGGAUCGAGGCGUGAAGGGUUGAGGGCGUCAAGUUCCUCGUGAUCUGAUAUAUAUAUUUUAUACAUCAUAGGGUGUGUACAAGUCUCGACAGUGACACACGGAAUACGCAACCACACCUCGAAGUCAGACAGGGCAGUGUAUUAGGACUCAGCACAAGGAAGUACUGAACACCAUGAGCAAACCAGAGGAGAUCGGCUUCUACCCAGUGGUCGGUGACGGGAAUGCUCCUCCAUACCCCCAGCCCGGCCAGUACCCUCCUGCCAACCAGCAGUACCCGCCACAUGGACAGUACCCUCCACCAGGACAAUACCCCCCACCAGGACAAUAUCCCCCACCAGGGCAGUACCCACCUCCUGGACAAUACCCACCCCCGGGACAGUACCCCCCACCAGGACAGUACCCCCAACCAGGACAGUACCCAUCACCUGGUCAGCCUGCCCCUGGGUAUGGAGCACCCGGUGGAAUGCCCCAAGGUGGCUAUGGUCCUCCUCCGGGACAAUAUGGGUAUGGGCCAGUCCCAGGCCAGCAGCCCCCACCAGGCCAGCCAGGGGGGGCUGGAGGGUGGAUGCCAGCCCCUAUGGUGACCAACUGUCCUCCAGGCCUUGAAUACCUCGCUGAGCUUGACCAGAUGCUGGUCAAACAAAAGGUGGAACUUCUGGAAGCUUUCACUGGGUUUGAGACGGCCAAUAAGUACAAGGUGCAGAACUCAAUGGGCCAGCAGAUUUACUUUGCUGCUGAGGACACAGACUGCUGCUCCAGGAACUGCUGUGGUCCCUUGCGUGCCUUUGACAUGCAGAUCCUUGACAACUCACAGAAUGAAGUGAUCCACCUCAACCGCCCCCUUGCCUGCACUUCCUGUUGCUUCCCUUGCUGCCUUCAGAGCCUUGAGGUGUCAUCGCCACCAGGCACUGUCGUUGGAUCAAUCAAGCAAGAGUGGAGCAUCAUUAAGCCUAAGUUCACAGUGCGCAAUGCCUCUGAUGAUGUAAUCUUGCGCAUAGAGGGACCCUGUUGUACCUACAGCAUCUGUGGGGAUGUGGAGUUCCAGGUUUUGUCAGCUGAUGGGGACGUGCAGGUAGGCAAGAUAAGCAAGCAGUGGAGUGGCCUGGCAAAGGAGACAUUCACUGACACAGACAACUUUGGCAUCACCUUCCCCCGCGACCUUGAUGUCAGGAUGAAGGCCACCCUCCUCGGGGCUGUCUUCCUUAUUGAUUUUCUGUAUUUUGAGAAGACUGAUGACAACUGAGCCUUGAGUUAUGGACUUCAUGUUCUUUGAGAAGCAAGGCAACAAAGAGAGCGAUGGUAUGGGAAUGCUUUAAUAAGUCUACUGAAAAUGGAGAACAGCUGAAGAAAAAAAUCCGAAGAAAGUUGCAGGAUAACCUCAAAGAAGACCUUCCGACAUGCUGACCUGCCCUUCUGAAUCACAGUGAGAAGCCUCCACCAGGGGACUCCUUCUUGUUCUCGUGGGGAGUCACAUGUGCUUUGCUUGUUGAUAUUGUGUCGUCCAGAGAAAAUAUUAUGUGCACUGUUGUACAUUUGAGAGGUUUUCAGCUUAUGUAUCUAAAACACCAGAGGGAAGGAACACAACACCUUACAUAUUCCUCAAAGAUUUCUGCAGAACUAAAUGGUGUUCAGAAAAUAUGGACUACUUUUCUGCCAUGAUGGGACUUUAUUUUCUCCCUUUUUUUUUUUUUUUUUUUUUUUUUUUUUUUUCCCUAACAGAUUUCCUUCUGUAGGAAAGGGUAUUCUGUUCCAAAAUGGCAUUUAUCUUAUACAUACGGUACAUAACUAUGUAAGAUAUUGCUUUUUCAUUACUCAUUCAUUGUAUUUUCAUGUUGGUGCGAGUAUAUUCUUUUCCAAAACUAUAUUAUUUCUUCCAUUGGUGCCCAUAUUCCCUGCUCUUCCAUUUCUCAUACUGUGGAGACUAAAACAUGCAUUCCUAGUAUCCACUUGCUAGUAAUGGAUGUCGAAGGUUAUCUCUUCCCUAACCUUUUUUCCAUCACAAUAGGGUUUUGUAGGUUUAAAAGUGGCUGCUGCUGUGCCACCUUGCCUCUGCAUCGCCACUUCACACAUGCAGUAGGUCAGCCCGUAUGAUUUUUUAUAUAUCUGUAUCGUAUUUUGCAGACAUCAUUCUCACCCAUUUCUCACUCGUGUAUUUGUUUGAGUUAGUGUCUACAUUUUUGCUUUCUCUUCACAUUUGUUCACCUUAGUGAUGUGUUUUACCAUUACUCCACUUGAAAUAUAUUUGUUCUUAUAAUUUACUAUUAUUUAGAACAUAUUUUGAGAUUAACCAGUGCUGCUGUAUUUAUGGAUCAGGAAACUGGUGUGAAUUUUUCUGGUGUAUAGAUUUUUAUUGCUAUUUUAUAUUUUAAAUUCAAAUUUUGUUUUUUCUCUUUUCUCAACUGAAUCAUUCUUUUCAAGGUUUAUUCUGAGGUUAAGAUUUUUCUCCAUUGUACAGUGUAGUGCUUUAGUGGGAUUUUAGCAAAAGUAGACAGAUUCUUCAAAAUGAAUAAUUCACCUGACAUAAAAUCAACAAAAUUAACAAAUUCCAUUUAUAUAAUAAUGAUUAUCAUCUUAAUCUUCAUUCAACAUUUCAAAUGUAUGAAACGGGAAACUGCAGACAGUAAGUGACCAUUUUAAAGAGAAACUUUGAGGGAAGGAAAGAAAUAUUGCCAUCACAGGACUUUAGUCACUCAUAGCAAAUCUAGCUCAUGGAAUUUUCCCGGCUAUUUGAGAGGCUGAUGUGAUGGAAACUCAGAUCAUAUCAGACAGUUCUUCAAACAAUGGCUGACUCCAUUAUUGCCCUCAAAAAACAAAUCACAAGAAUACUUCAUCUACUCUAGACCUUAGAUUUCUUGCUUUCUUUUCUUUUUUUCUUUUUAAAUUCAAGUUCCAGUUAAAAGUUUUUUGCCCUGUCUUGUCUGUGUCCAUAGAAAGCUUUUAUACUUUGCAGAUCUCAUUUUUUCAGGACUGUUAUUUUUUGCUCACCUGACACAGCAACAUCCCCUACUCCAUGCUGCUUAGAUUAUUUAUUUUUUCAAAAAGGCAUUUUUCAUCUCCUUUCUGCACUUAAUCUAAAUUAGGUAGCAUAAUAAAUCAUUUAUCAUAACUAACACCAACAGUGCCAUAAGCACAGUUUAGCAUAUGCCCCUUUACCUUUUGCUGUACCAGUUAAUGGAACUUGAGUUCCAUAUGGCACGUAUCACUUCCUAUCUAUAUAUAAAGCUAUCAGAAACUACACGCUGUAGCUGUUAACAUUGGAAGGGGUUGAUGCCUCUCACAGUGAAGCACAGUAAUGGGAGUACUAUGUAGUUAUAUCAUGGUUGUCAUUGAGUAUAUGAGCCUUAGAUUAUAACUUGUCUGUAUCAUAUUCCUAUUUAUAGAGUUUUUGCAUUUUUUUAAUUUUUUGUGCCAAUUUUCGAGUUGGUCAUCCUUUACUGCAGUGGUUUCCUUUCAUCAUAAUUAGCAAAGAAAGCACAAACUAAAUCCUUUGACAAAAUAUAAGGUAUUAUAGAGAUUUGUGAACAAAGUGCCUGUGUAUGAGUAAAGACAAGCCUUCCUGCAUAUUGCCAUGAGAGUUCAAGUUAGCAGCAUUGUCAGACUGUGAGUGCUCAGUACAUCAUAGUACAAAGGUCGGAUUGUUUUCCCUAUCAUGUAAGCCUUUUGUCUUUGGAGGAACAUAUAUAGACGUCUAAAAUAUAAAGUACAUUUCAGCUGCGACUGUUUCCAUUAUUUAUUAUUAGUUUACUGUGAUCCACUCAGUUGACAGUUCAUAUUUUAUAUUCUUGGAAAAAAAAAAUCAAGGACACUACAUAGCAGUAGAUGAAUUCCAAUGUACUUAUUUUAAUUUCUUUCAGUAUUGUGAUGGAUUCAAGAAGAUAGCUCCAAUUAAUCUAUACAGAAUUAAAAGACUGAAACAUAAUUGUGUGAUCAUGAUAUUGUUGCCUUUUCAUAAGUAAACAAAUUUAGUUUUGUGUCAACAACGAGUAGAAAAUACCAUCUCCAUCAAGGUACAAGUGAUUGUAAAGAUACAAGGGAAGAUCAGUUUGUCAAGAAAAGCAGUCAUUACUUUGAUGAAAACAUGCAUAUAUUAAAGAAAUAGUGGCAGUUCAAAAAGUACUUAAUUUACCAAAUUUUCAUGGUAUGAAGGUAAUCACUAAUCAGUCAUCUUUUUGUUUAGUGAACUUUAUUUUUGUCUUUUUACUACGACAGAAAAGAAAGUAAAGAAAUUGAAAAAGAGGGUGCAUAUUAUCAGAACCAAUAGUGUGUGGAUUAGCAAUUCAUGGCUGCAGGGCCAGAAUGUGGAUUCAUUUACCAAGUUAAAACAGUACAGUAUUAUGUCGUGCUACUUUGGGGUAAAGUUUGAAGAUAUAAUCACCAUAUUUACCUCGAGUGCAAUUUAUUUAGUCAUCAUCUCAGGAAAGUUGCAUUCUAUUUUGUAAAUGCCAGGUUUGGGAUUAGCAUUUAUCAAACAGCUUUGCUUUCUAUAUUUUACUUUGAUUUAGUUUUGUUCUUUAGUACUGCAGGACAAUGAUCACAUCAUCCCUCCAUGGAUCAUUAUGUAUAUUGUCUGAUUUGCAGAUCAGCACAUGAUUGACACCCAGUGCAUUAAACUGGAAUGAACAUUGAAAAAUGAAUAAAAGUUCAUGUGUCUUUCAUGUGAUAGAUAAUAAACUUGAACCUUACAGUAGAUUAAGGCUUAAUAACAUGUUCAGACAAGAAUGAUAAAAAUCAAUAAUUUUAAAGAAAGAAUGCAAUGUUCUUAGAACAGUUGUACAAGACACUGUUACCAUAAAUUAUGAAACAUUUGUUGAAUAGGAAAACAUGAAGAAGGUGGAAGAAAGGAUGGGAUGUCAUAUUACUCUUUGCUUAAAAGUGAUGAUGAAUACAAAUAACAGCUUUUAUAAAACUUGUUAAUGUAAAAAAACUUCAUACAUGAUUAUUAUGUGUAUGUAGAGAAAAAAAGGGGCAUCAUGAGUUUCUGCUGAAUGUAUGCUGAUUCUAGAGAAAAGUUUACAUUGUUAUGUAAUGAAAAAGGCAUGGAUGAAUGUGAAGCAUCCAUCCGUAUGCUAAUUACAUCCACAUUACAAGAUGUCAUUAUUGAGAGGUGUAGUUUUUCAGCCUUUGUGUAUGCCAGUGAGAAAAGUGUGCAUUACAAUCUAUUCAGCUGUCUGCCAUGAACUAUGGGCCAUCCCAAUAAUUUAGAUCAAAACAGGAUUAUCAUUAUGGACACUAUGAUUGCGAAGAAUUUAGAAUGCAACAAUUUCUCAAUAUAAUAUAUGCACUUGCAAAGAGAUAUGAUUACAUAGAGGUGUCUUUACACUGCUUAGUUAAUGUAUUUAAUUGUGUGAUAACAGCUGUGUGUAGGUUUCCAAAAUAGUGUUAAGAAAUAUGUAUUUUCUUCACAGUCCAGUUUCGUGUACAUGCAGAAAAGGCCACAAUAACUCUGUGAAUUGUGACGGUGCGUUGUGUUUCCUGUCGUGGACUGUAUUCUGCCGAGCCUUUCAUCGUGCAUUAAUUGACUGUAUCCGUGAGGGACUCCUUUAGCUGCUGUGUCUUAGAAAGAUCUAACUGGUUUGGUGUAGGUUCCAUAUAUAUGCACAAACACACACACACACACACACACACACACACACACACUAUUUUUUACUGCUCCGGUAGCUCAAUCGGUUAGAGCGCCGCGCUGCAAGGCUUCACGGCCAAACAGGCGGCAGUUCGAGCCCCGCUCAGGCCGGAUUCUUUCCGUUGACUAGGAGUGGUUACUGUCCCCCCUUGAGCAAUGGGGAUGGGAUGUGUGGUGUGUGAGGUCCUGGCAGUACCCAGAGAUUGACAAUAAUGAGCACUUGCUCACGCCGUGAGGGUACCUGCUGGCGAAAGCGAGUCCAACUCAUGAUCAGGCCGUGGUGAAUUACACACACACACACACACACACACACACAAACACACAGUCACACACACACACACACACACAUGCACAUACACACACUAACACUAACACUAACACUAUCAUGCAGUUUUAGACAACAGGUACUGAGAAACAUUAUGCAUCCAGUACAUUUUUUAAUGAAGAUAUUUUAGUGUAUUUAAACUUUAACACCACAAAGGGGUUUUGAGGUGUGCAAUUUAUAUGUUAGUCAUGCUACCCUUCUCCUCUUCUCAAGGGUCAGUGUAGCAAAGCAUAGUAACAAACUACUAAGCAUAUGUAUGGCACAAGACUUUGGCUUCCAGUAGGUAGUAUGAUGGUCUGCCACUUUAUGUGAAGAAAUGACAGUAUGCAUACGUCCAUGCCUGCUCCACCAUUACUGUACUAGAAAUGUUGUAAUUGCCACCAUACCGUGCCCUAAAUGCGCACCCACUAGGAGCCACUAUUCUUAAGAUUAUCUGAAGUUUGUGAGGCACAGUCAUUGUUAAUUACCUGACUUGCUGAUUAAGGUCAGUAUAGAUUCUCAAGUUUUGGUGUCAUUCAUUUUUUUCUAAUAGCCAACUAGAGGUUCAUUUUUAUUUUUCAAGUUUGCUCUUUUUUAGAGCUCAUUGAUUGAUGGAAUAAAAGUUAAUGUUGAUUUGUAUUACAAGGGCUUAGAUAGUACUGGACCCAUCUCUUUGACCAUUUUUACCUUUCACUGCAGAGCUCUCUCUUCUUACUUCUUUCUCUUUCUUUUUUUACUUUUUUUCUGAAUCCCUUUUGUCUCCCCAUCUUAUGUCUUCAAGGAACAAAGUAGAUGAUGAUAAUCAUAAAAAUGCCAUUAUCAUUUAAUUCCCAAGAUGUUAAGUGAUAGAUAAGUCAGCUGUUGAACUAUAGUAUAAUUAUGAUAAAAGAGUACUAAGUGUUCUUUCGCACUGCAGAAGGAUCCCACUGUGUAUUCAUCACCUAAGGUGGGAUCAGUGACUAAACUUUGUUAAAAAAAAAAUUAUAUAUAUAUAUAUAUAUAUAUAUAUAUAUAUAUAUAUAUAUAUAUAUAUAUAUAUAUAUAUAUAUAUAUAUAUAUACCCACACAUUUAGCCUAUAACUAUAUAAUAACAAUAAAUCACUGUGUCAUUGGAACUUUUGCUCUUGUUUUUGUAUCAGUUAUUUAAAUAAAAAGUAAUGUCAAGUGUUGUGUUGUAGAGAUAGAAUAAUUUCAUAUUUUAUGUAAUUUUUCAUGACUUAAGUGCUUAGUUUUAUUUGAAGAUUUUUGUAUUAAUAUAAAAUUUUACUCUUAUGUAAAAUGGGGUGCUUUGAGUGAGCUAGUUUUAUUGUAAAUAGUACUUACUAUUGACAUGACGGUUUACUCCUGCAUGUAACUGCUAAAUUAUAUGUGGCUUGUAUAAAACAUAUUUAUAUAUUUUCUUAUUUUAUCAAAAAUGUUGUAGCAAAAGUGUUGAUACACUACAUUAGUUAUAUGUAGACAAAGAGCAUAGGGAGUAUAUGUGAAGGAGAGUAGUAUUGUAUUUCACCUACAUAUAUCCUUCAUGAGCCAGUAUACAAACUAUCCUACAGUUAUAUUGUCAUGAAAGCUGGUGUGACAUGCUUGGGUCACCGGCUCCCUGGAUGCCAUUCAAACAAGGCACUGCAGUAGGUGUGUUUUGCUUUACUACCUCACACAUCGCUAGUCCAGAAGAGUAGGUUAUAUGAGGCUCAAAAUACAUACAUCGAAGAACUUAAAACUAUAAAAGUGGUCUUUGAAGGCGCAGCUUAUGGGCUGUAAUUUGUUCUGGUUAAUGGUUUCUGUUUGAUACAAAGCCUACUGAUGAGACAUGAUCAACUAAACAAGUGCUGGAGGUGUCCCAUUUUAUCACCAAGGAAUAUUGUUUUAACUGAUAAAAAAGAACUUAUGAAAGAAAUAAAAUCUGUGAACGAGAA